GCAGGUGCGCAGAGCUGCCUUUGAAUCGUACUGUAGUAUAAAAACCCGUGGUUUAGUUCUCCGAUACAGAAUCUUAUUUUGAUGCCUGUGGUUAAGUUGACAUCGACUGAUGCCAUCCAAAAUUUAAAAUAACGCCCCUGUUGACCUAGAAUUCUCGGGAGGCGGCGAGACAGUUGGUCAAUUGGACAGCGGCGUUAGUUUGACCAGGUCACAAUCAGGAACUAAGGAGAAUGCGUGCACUCUGUGUUUGUUUAUGUUUGGACAUAGUGAUAUUAACAUGGGGGAGAGAACUGAAGAUCACGUCAAUUCUGAAGCCCCCGUUUUUGAUGGAGGUUAGCGGCUCUCCUGGGAAGUAUGAGGGUUACAUGAUAGAUGUAUUAAAUGCCCUGUCAAAGUCUGUCAACUUUACUUACUCCAUCCAACCGGAACCGGAUGGGGUUUAUGGGAUGAAGGACGCAAAAGGUGACUGGAGUGGUAUGAUGGGACUUCUGGUUACUAAGAAAGCCGAUUUAGCGGCCGCGGAUCUGACGGUGACAGACAAGCGGAGAGAGGAUGUAGCCUUUACCAGUCCUAUUUUUCACAGCAGCCACAGGAUUCUGGUGUGGAAGCCGGAAGUUCCUCCCUACAGCGGUUUAGCUGUACUGUUUCAACCCUUCAGUGCCGAUGUUUGGAUAAUGUUAAUGGUGGUUUGUAUGAUAACGGGAAUUCUUUUGACCAUCAUUAACAAAUUCAGUCCGUCUGAAUGGAGCAAAAUACCGGAAGCCGAGGACAAGACUAAUAGUAAAGACAGCUUUACUAUCAACAAUGCUCUGUUCUUUGUUCAUAGUACCGUGUGUUGGCAAGGUUUCAAGGAAGUUCCAAGGUCACCGGGCGGUCGCUUUCUGACUUCUAUGUGGAUGAGUUUCGUGUUGUUUAUGAUCACUGCCUACAUUGCAAAUCUUGGCUCGUUUAUAAUAACAAGUGCCCCAAGAAAACCAGUUCUCCCUUUUAAGACAUUCCAUCAAAUGGAAUUGCAGUCCGAAGUCGCCUAUGGAACCAAAUCGUCGGACAAUUUUCUCAAACUUAGUAAAGACCCAGUAUUAAAUCGUUUAUAUUACAUUUCAAGAUCUGAGCCAGAUAAUUUGUUUGAAACAGACGAUGAAGGCUAUCAGAAAGUUAAAGCAUCUGAGGGAUCUUUUGCCGCCAUCAUGGAAGAUUACGUGGCCGAGAGAUUCGCGGGACGAGAUUGUAGUGUAAUGGUGGUGGGGGAGAAAGUACAACCGACAGAUCAAGCCAUUGCUUGUAAUAAUGUGUCUCUUUGUGAAGAAUUGUCAAACAGCAUCAGCACACUACCACUGAAAGAGUUUCGGCAGAAAUGGUGGCCAAAUGGCUGCAAUGUAGGGUCACUUAGUGAAUAUUUGAAUAAACCGGAAGUGACUUUGUUGACGCCUGCGCGUCCUCUAAAUACUAUUGACUUGUCUAUAGCCUUCAUUUUGCUUCUUUUGGGUAUCAUUGUGGGGGUCCUCAUGUUGCUAAUAGAGGUUUACAGGGCGAACAAAAAAUCAAAGGGGGAGGAGCCAAUUAAACUGAAAGCAUCCAAUGGCGACAACGCUGUGACAGAAGGAACAGAUGAGGAAAAGGCUCCAAUUGCGGAGGAGUGUUAGAAACUUUACCCCCCAGGCUCUCAGGUACCCCUCCCACUGAUCAAAAGCAGAAAACAAUGGCCGCACUGAUGGCUGCCGAGUUCUAGAGGUUGUACACCGCUGCCUGUAACAGUGUAAUGUUGUCUUGUGUAAAUGUUGCAGAAUGGAUAACAUAAUUAUUUCACUGGUUUGAUGAACAAAGUUCUUUAUAAAUAUACUGACCUAAUUUUUGAAACGGCGAGCUGAAAAGUCAUACUCGUUUUUUCAAUACCUCGUAGCAAUUUUUUCUUUUCAACCAAUAUUCUGUAUUCAGUCAGUGGAAAGUUGAAGUACCGACUUCAGACACAAUAAUCAGAGAUAACCAAAGAACUUAUAUUUCCAGACAGAGGUGCGUUCUGUGAUUAUUUUACAGAAGUGUAUCAGGUGCUAUAGCAGAAGUCAUUGUUCUAAGCCGCUGGGCUGUACGUGUUGUAUGGGUAUUGGUUUUCUGCAGAAUGAGAUUACAGACUUUGCUCAAGUCGCUAAGAACAACGAGAGUAAAUAAGUAGAUAUAGAAUCUAUAUUCUUGUACUGUUAUUUUUUUAUAUAAUCAGUCUGUCUUCUGAUCAGAACUUUUAAUUAUCUGACAUUUUUUAAAGAAAUAUUAACUAUAUUUAUGUGUUUUUUAAA